UAGCCCAGGGUAAAAAUCCAUCCUCCAACAAUAAUUCAAUCUAGUUCCAGUCCAGGUUUCCAUUUCUUCCCUUCCAAUCCUCUGUAUUUGAUGGAGUUGCCAGUCCAUGUUUUCCACCUUUUGUUCCCUUGCCAUAAGACACACCCCUUUGUUUUAAUUAGCCAAUCACAGUCCGCUGCCUCAGUAUAAAAGCUGUCCUGGCUUCUCUCAGCUGAGUUGUGUGGGAGAGAAGCCAGAGGACAGCAGCUGUAGAAACCAGAAUCAUCCGGUGAUUGGGCGUUGUCGUGCGUGCUGGGCAAAACAUUCUUACUGAACUGGCCAGGUGCCCAUUCAGGGUAUAUUCGAUGGCGAGCUAGGCUCUGGAGCACACAACGUUCCUGUUAUCCAUUCAACACUCUUUGGUCUGGUAGGAGGCUAUACAGUCUGUCCUUUUUCUCUCCCACCUCCUCGAGCUACGCAACCGCUACAAUAUUCAACCCCUUGGACUAUCGCGCUAAUGGACAUUUCAAAGCAUUCAAUAACAAACAUAUGGACUUAAACGCUGUGCGCAGCUUUUGGUGUUACAUUCUUGGUUGGGAGAACAGACACUGCUUUUUGUUGUUUCCUUCUUGCUUCAAUGAACAAUAUUUUGGACAUAUGAUGUAACUCAAAAUUGAUUGAAGUUAUUUCUGCUGCAGUGGUUAUGUAUAUAUUGGGUUCUAUUAUAUUCACUGUUUAUACAAUACACUUUUCCUUAAUUCAACUAUUCUGCCCAUUGUUAUUAUUUACUGACCCCUGCCCUCCAGCAGCCGUUCCUAGUCCUUCUGAUCAAUUAGCCUACAGCAUUCAUCCUGAAACAGCUAUUACACAGUACUAAUAAACACUUGUUACAUAAUUUGGCGAGCUAGCCAGGAGGGCAGUUGGUACAGUAAAUAAUUUGUCAAUCAUUCUCACCAGUUCAUUUUGCCAGUAUGGAUGUUUUUGAAACUCUCGGUAUUAAGAUUCCCAAUGCAGUUCUAGUUGACGGUGCUAUUGAUUCUUCGCUGUGCGACGACGUCAUCGAAUUCUUAGAACAACACGGAGAAAUUAGUCGGAAAGUUACUAUUAAUGAAACUAAAUCUGAAUUUUUUGGCCGUGUUGUUGUAGAAUUUAUGUCCGGUUCCGCGUUGGUGAAAGUGUCUCCGUUACCAUAUACUUUUACAUCCGAGACAGGCAAUAAGUUGUGCAUUGAAAGUCUAUCUGACAUUUAUGCAUCCAGGCUUUGUGGUUCAAAGACUCAAUCCUAUUUGUCUGAAUUAAAAAGUGUUGCUAAAUUAUCAGGCAAACAAUAUGCAGAGGUUCUUCAAGACAUGAUGGCUCAAAUCAAUCAGUCAAUCGCUGAAUUUCAUUGUCCUGAAGCCGCAGAGCCAGCCAAUCCCCUGCAAUCAACAGUUAAUGUCCCAAUUAAACAGUCUGAAAGUCCCUCUGCAGUGCCAAGUUCGUCGAGAUCUACCUUCGAAAGAAUGACUCAGAACUCCGAAAACCGGGAGGGGCGAUCCACGAUUCACAUGGCGCCGAGCGACUUAAAUCCUCCCGAAGUCCAACGGUACGUGGUGGAACAUGUCGUCAGGAGUGUAGACAAUUCCCUGCACUAUCAUCCAUCCCAUCGUCUGAGAACAUUCUCCGGGAAAGUGCCCAGGCCAGCGCAUGAGACGGACUACGACACGUGGCAGUCUGGUGUGGAGUUGCUUCUGAAGGAUCCAACCAUAUCUAACCUUCAACGCACCAGAUUCAUCCGUGAUAGUCUACUGCCUCCUGCUGCAGACAUGGUGAAACAUCUUAAUCCGGACACAGCCCCAGAGGUGUAUUUACAACAACUCGAAUCAGCAUACGGUACAGUACAGGAUGGAGAUGAACUCUAUGCAAAAUUCCUCGAUACUUACCAAGACGCUGGCGAAAAACCAUCCACUUACCUGCAACGUCUCCAAGUCUCAUUACAGCAUGUGGUGAAGAGGGGAGGAGUUCCUGGGAGGGAUGUGAAUAAGUGCCUUUUGACCCAAUUUUGUCGGGGAUGCUGGGACAAUAAUCUGAUUGUGGAGCUGCAGCUAAAACAGAAGAAAAGUAACCCACCUUCAUUUGCAGAAUUUCUCAUGUUACUUCGUACAGAAGAGGACCAAGAUGCCGCUAAGUCCGUCCGUAUGAAGCAGCACUUGGGAACCAAGCAAAAGGUUGGAAGCAAUGCACAACUAGUACACAAAGAAGAGUCUAACCUGUGUGCAGCAUUGACUACGUUGACAAACACAGUUAACUGAGCAAAUGUCAAAU